AUGGCUACUCGAACUAUACACCUCGAGGCUGUCAGCGAUUUGACGUCGCAAGGAUUCCUAGCAGCCUUUAAGAGAUUUGUUGCUAGGCGUGGAUAUUGUGCAGAUCUUGAAUUGAAGACCUUACUGACUGCUGAGAAAUCAAGCGUUGUUAAGGAGAUAGCAGAGUGGUUAGGGGACAACGGAACCAAAUGGCAUUUUAUACCUCCUCACGCUCCCAAUUUUGGCGGAUUAUGGGAAGCCGGUAUAAAAUCGACAAAACAUCACCUGAAGAGGAUUAUCGGUAACAAUACUCUGACUUAUGAAGAGAUGGCUACGGUGCUGUCGCAAAUAGAGGCCUGUUUGAAUUCCCGUCCCAUGUCCCUUUUAAGUAGCAAUAGUGAAGACCAAGAACCAUUAACUCCGGGACACUUCUUAGUUGGAGAACCUCUCGUACUUGUACCGGAGUUUAACUAUGAGCAAUCCAAUAUAUCAACCUUGAAGCGUUGGCAACAUUGCCAGCGAAUGGUUCAAGAUUUUUGGCGACGCUGGUCAAAUGAGUAUAUGACACAGUUCCUAAACCGUUAUAAGUGGGCAUAUCGAACUCCAGAACCAGCUAUUGGAGAUAUUGUGUUGGUAAAGGAGGACGACCUACCGCCUGCCCGGUGGCUUUACGGUGUUAUUGAAGAAAAGCAUCCAGGGUUGGACGGGAUAACACGUGUCGUGACAUUAAAGUGUAAGGGGUCACAUAUUAAAAGACCAGUGUCUAAAUUAUGUGUGUUGCCAGUCGGUAAUUAA